AUGAAAAAAAUUCUCAAUACUAAGAAAAACGAAGAACCGCUUCGUCCAUUAUCUCCACAACCAGGUCCAAGCAAAGUUUAUAUUUCUACGUCAGUUCAAGAAGAAUCUGAAGAAAAGGAGUCAAGUGCAGCAAAUGAAUCGGACUCUACUCUUGAUUCUGACAAUUCUGUAUCUAUGUCAGUUGACGAGUCAACAGAUAUGUCAUCCGAAAAACAUUUAGCAAUUGUUGUUCGGUACAACAAGCAUUUUAUUAUUAAAGAUCAUUUUCUCGGUCUUAUAUUAGUAAAUGACGCUUCUGCCCAAAAUUUAUAUAAUGUCAUUACACAUUUUUUUUCCGAAAAUAAUAUUCCCUAUAAAGAGAAUUUAGUAGGAUUUGCUGCAGAUUUGUAUGUCAUGAAGUGUAUAUGCCAUUCUUUGGCUCUUUGUGCUUCUUAUGUUUGCGAAAAAUUACCGGACGAUGCAGAAAAGUUGGUGCAACACAGACCAUUAGCUGGGCAAUACAAAUUUUACACGGCGAUAAAAGAACCCGAAGAGACAGCAAAUCAGUUGCUGCACGAGUAUUCGAAACACUCAAUCAAACUUUAA